CCUUCUCCUCACGCCGGCCCAAGAUGGCGGCGGCGCUAGACGCCCCGGGUCUGUGACUUCUACAAAGAGGGGAGCCGGGGGCCGCACGGGAGCGGCGGCCGAGGCGCAGGCCGGGCCGUCUGUCCUCAGCCGUCCGUCCCGCGUCCGCCCGCGUCCGCCCGUCGGGCUUCCCGCCGGCGGCCCCGCCCCUCCCCCAACCGUCCGCCUAGCAUGGUGCGGCGGCCGCGCGCGCCGAGAUGGGCGAGAAGCUGGAGCUGAGGCUCAAGUCGCCCGUGGGCGCCGAGCCCGCCGUCUACCCGUGGCCGCUGCCGGUCUACGACAAGCACCAUGAUGCUGCUCAUGAGAUUAUCGAGACUAUCCGGUGGGUCUGCGAGGAAAUCCCGGAUCUCAAGCUGGCCAUGGAGAAUUAUGUCCUGAUUGACUAUGACACCAAAAGUUUUGAAAGCAUGCAGAGGCUGUGUGACAAAUACAACCGGGCCAUCGACAGCAUCCACCAGCUGUGGAAGGGCACCACACAGCCCAUGAAGCUGAAUACUAGGCCGUCCAAUGGGCUCCUGCGGCACAUCCUGCAGCAGGUGUACAACCACUCUGUCACUGAUCCAGAGAAGCUCAACAACUACGAGCCCUUCUCCCCGGAGGUGUAUGGGGAGACCUCCUUCGACCUGGUAGCUCAGAUGAUCGACGAGAUCAAGAUGACCGAGGAUGACCUGUUUGUAGACCUGGGCAGUGGUGUGGGGCAGGUUGUCCUUCAGGUCGCUGCGGCCACCAGCUGCAAGCAUCACUACGGAGUGGAGAAAGCGGACAUCCCGGCCAAGUACGCAGAGACCAUGGACCGAGAGUUCAGGAAGUGGAUGAAAUGGUAUGGAAAAAAGCAUGCAGAAUACACACUGGAACGAGGUGACUUCCUCUCGGAGGAGUGGAGGGAACGGAUCGCCAACACGAGUGUUAUAUUUGUGAAUAACUUUGCCUUUGGUCCUGAGGUGGAUCACCAGCUGAAGGAGCGAUUCGCAAACAUGAAGGAAGGCGGCAGAAUCGUAUCCUCAAAGCCCUUUGCUCCUCUGAACUUCAGGAUCAACAGCAGGAACUUGAGUGACAUCGGCACCAUCAUGCGUGUGGUGGAGCUGUCGCCCCUGAAGGGCUCUGUGUCGUGGACUGGGAAGCCUGUCUCCUACUACCUGCACACCAUUGACCGCACCAUACUUGAAAACUAUUUUUCUAGUUUGAAAAAUCCAAAACUCAGGGAGGAGCAGGAGGCAGCGCGACGUCGGCAGCAGCGCGAGAACAAGAGCAACGCAGCCACCCCAACCAAGGUCCCUGAGGGCAAGGUGGCCACCACAGAGGCCCCUGCGGAUUCUGGUGCUGAGGAAGAGAAGUCAGGUGUGGCCACUGUCAAAAAGCCAUCUCCCUCCAAAGCCCGGAAGAAGAAACUCAACAAGAAAGGGAGAAAGAUGGCUGGCCGGAAGCGCGGGCGGCCCAAGAAAAUGAGUGCUGCAAGUGCAGAGCGCAAGUCCAAGAAGAGCCAAAGUGCACUGGAUCUCCUGCGCUCUCCGCCCCCAGCCCCACCCUCAGCCUCACCCCAGGAUGCGUACAGGCCACCUCACAGCCCAUUCUACCACCUACCUCCGAGCACGCAGCUCCACUCGCCCAAUCCGCUGCUGGUGGCCCCCACCCCGCCUGCAUUGCAGAAGCUUUUAGAGUCCUUCAAGAUCCAGUACCUGCAGUUUCUGGACUACACGAAGACCCCACAGUACAAGGCCAACCUCCAGAAGCUUCUGGACCAGGAGAAGGAGAAGAACACACAACUGCUGGGCACGGCGCAGCAGCUCUUCGGUCAUUGCCAGGCCCAGAAGGAAGAGAUCCGAAGGCUGUUCCAACAGAAGCUGGAUGAGUUGGGCGUGAAGGCACUGACCUACAAUGACCUGAUUCAGGCCCAGAAGGAGAUCUCUGCCCACAACCAGCAGCUGCGGGAGCAGUCGGAGCAGCUGGAGAAGGACAACAGUGAGCUAAGGAGCCAGAGCCUGCGGCUGCUCAGGGCCCGGUGUGAGGAGCUAAGGCUAGACUGGUCCACCCUGUCCCUGGAGAACCUGCGCAAAGAGAAGCAGGCCCUGAGGAGCCAGAUCUCAGAGAAGCAGCGACACUGCCUGGAGCUGCAGAUCAGCAUCGUGGAGCUGGAGAAGAGCCAGCGCCAGCAGGAGCUCCUGCAGUUGAAGUCCUGUGUACCACCAGAUGAUGCUCUUUCCCUGCAUCUUCGUGGCAAGGGUGCCCUGGGCCGAGACCUGGAGGCUGAUGCUGGGCGCUUGCGCCUUGAGCUGGACUGUGCCAAGAUUUCCCUUCCACACCUCAGCAGCAUGAGCCCCGAGCUCUCCAUGAAUGGCCAUGCCGCAGGCUAUGAGCUCUGCAGUGCAGCCAGUCGGCCCUCGUCCAAGCAGAACACCCCCCAGUACCUGGCCUCCCCCUUGGACCAGGAGGUUGUACCCUGCACCCCUAGCCAUAGUAGCCGGCCUCGUCUAGAAAAGUCAUCUGGCUUGGCUUUGCCUGACUAUACCCGCUUGUCACCUGCCAAGAUUGUGUUGAGGCGGCACAUGAACCAGGACCACAGCGGGGCUAGCAAAGCAGCUGCCAGUGAGCCACACCCUCGGGCAGAGCACGCCAAGGAGAGCAGCCUUCCUUACCAAAGCCCCGGCUUGUCCAACAGCAUGAAGCUCAGCCCCCAGGAUCCACCAAUGGCCUCCCCGGCGACGUCACCCCUCACCUCAGAAAAGGGUAGUGAGAAGGGUGUGAAGGAGCGUGCCUACAGCAGCCAUGGGGAGACCAUCACCAGCCUGCCCGUCAGCAUUCCGCUCAGCACAGUCCAGCCCAACAAGCUGCCUGUCAGCAUCCCACUGGCCAGCGUGGUGCUGCCCAGCCGUGCCGAGAGGGCGAGGAGCACUCCCAGCCCUGUGCCGCAGCCCCGAGACUCCUCAUCCACACUUGAAAAGCAGAUCGGUGCUUCCGCCCAUGGUGCAGGGGCCAGUGCAGCAGGGAGCAAGAGCCUCGCCCUGGGACCCACAGGCUUCUACACUGGCUCUGUGGCCAUCAGUGGGUCCCUGGCCAGCAGCCCGGCACCUCUGGCCUCUGGGAUGGAGUCUGCUGUUUUCGACGAGUCCUCUGGCCCUGGCAGCCUCUUCGCCAGCAUGGGGUCUCGCAGCACACCUCCACAGCACCCACCUCUGCUGCCGCAGUCCCGCAAUUCCGGCCCUGCCUCUCCUGGCCACCAACUCGCAGCCAGUCCUCGCCUGAGUGUGACCGCCCAGGGUCCGCUGUCGGACACCGGCAAGGGGGAGCUGCCUUCCGACCCUGCCUUCUCAGACCCAGAGAGCGAAGCUAAGAGGAGGAUUGUGUUCAGCAUUGCAGCCGGUCCCAGCUCCAAGCAGUCGCCUUCCACCAGGCAUAGCCCCUUGACCUCUGGCACCCGUGGGGACUGUGUACAGAACCACGGGCAGGACAGUCGUAAGCGCAGCAGAAGGAAGCGUGCAUCAGCCGGAACCCCAAGCCUCAGCACGGGUGUAUCCCCCAAGCGCCGGGCUCUGCCGUCUGUCGCUGGCCUCUUCACACAGUCCUCCGGGUCUCCUCUCAACCUCAACUCCAUGGUCAGCAACAUCAACCAGCCCCUGGAGAUCACAGCCAUCUCAUCCCCCGAGAACUCCCUCAAGAGCUCCCCCACGCCCUACCAGGACCACGAUCAGCCUCCGGUGCUCAGGAAGGAGCGGCCCCUGGGCCCUACCAAUGGGGCCCAUUACUCGCCGCUGACCUCAGACGAGGAGCCAGGCUCUGAGGACGAGCCCAGCAGUACCCGAAUUGAGAGAAAAAUUGCAACAAUCUCCUUAGAAAGCAAGUCUCCCCCAAAGACGCUGGAAAACGGUGGUGGCUUAGCGGGAAGGAAGUCAGCCCCCUCAAGCGAGCCCAUAAACAGCAGCAAAUGGAAGUCCACCUUCUCGCCCAUCUCUGACCUCAGCUUGGCCAAGGCCGUAGACAGUCCGCUGCAGGCUGGCUCUGCACUGAGCCACAGCCCCCUGUUCUCUUUCCGGCCGCCCCUAGAGGAGCCCGCUGCUGAGGCCAAGCUUCCCACCCACCCAAGGAAGAGCUUUGCCGGCUCUCUGGCUCCGGCCGAGGGGCCGAGCCCUGGCGCCAAUCCUCCCAACGGCCUGGCCUUCAGCGGAGGCCUCGCUGCAGACCUCGGUUUACACAGCUUCAACGACGGUGCUUCCCUCUCACACAAGGGCCCUGAUGUGACUGGCCUGAGUGCCUCCCUGAGCUUCCCGUCCCAGAGGGGCAAGGACAGUACCACAGAAGCCAACCCCUUCCUCAGCAGGCGGCAGCCGGAGGGCCUGAGUGGCCUGAAGGGCGAGGGCAAUGCGGGCAAGGAGUCAGGCGAGGCCCUGCCCCCGUGCGGGCCGGCGGACAAGGCCACACUGCCACAUGGUAGCAGGGCCAGCAAAGGCCGUGACCGCGAGCUGGACUUCAAGGGCGGCCACAACCUCUUCAUCUCCGCUGCAGCUGUGCCUCCAGGUGGCCUCCUCGGUGGCCCUGGUCUUGUAACUGUGGCUUCCUCUUCGGGCAGUUCGACGCCCACUGCUCAGGCCCCCCGGCCUUUCCUGAGCACCUUCACCCCAGGGCCCCAGUUUACUCUGGGACCCAUGUCCCUACAGGCCAACCUGGGCUCUGUGGCUGGCUCCUCCGUGCUUCAGUCCUUGUUCAGCACUGUGCCCACUGCCGCAGGCCUAGUGCAUGUAUCAUCCACUGCGACCCGACUGACCAACUCGCACACCAUGGGCAGCUUCUCCUCCGGGGUGGCCGGCGGAACCGUUGGAGGUGUCUUUACCCACGCGGUGCCCUCCGCCUCUGCUCACCCGUUUGGAGCUGGUGUCAGCAGCGGGGCUGUGUGUAGCAGUGCCACGCUGGGCCUGAGCCCGCUGCAGGCGGCGGCCAGCACCUCGGCUUCUUCCUUUCAGGCCGCGGCUUCCCUUGAGACUCGGCCGCCCCCUCCACCUCCCCUACUUCCUCCUCAGCACCUGGGCCGGCCCCCUGCGGGGCCACCUGUCCUCCAUGCACCCCCUCCUCCUAACGUCGCCUUGCCUCCUCCGCCUGCGCUGCUGGCUUCUAACCCUGAGCCAGUGCUUCUGCAGGGCCUGGCUUCCCUCCCGGCUAACAACGCUUUCUUACCCCCCUCCUCUGCCGCCUCUCUGCAGCCUGCUAAUGCCUCUCUAUCUGUCAAGCUCGCCUCCCUCCCACACAAGGUCUCCCGCCCCUCCUUCACGGUGCACCACCAGCCCCUGCCCCGGCUGGCCCUGGCACAGGCCGCGCCCGCAGCCCCACAGGCCAGCUCCUCGGGGCCAUCUGCUGUGUGGGUUUCCCUUGGCAUGCCGCCUCCUUAUGCUGCGCACCUUUCGGGGGUUAAGCCUCGAUAAAGACCUUGCUUAGCUAGCAGUUCAUGUUGUGUAAGGUAAGGCUAGAGCCACACCAUCCCUCCUCUUACCCAGAAGACGGCUGUCAGGGCUCGGCAGUUAACCCGGGGUCCUGAGUGGUAGAGAUGGGAGGCUAAGGGAGGCAGGCAGGGCCACCGUUGUGCAAGACUACCUGGUCCUCAGCCAGCAGCUGAGAGGACAACUGAGGUGAUGAGAUUCAAGUGUGGCAGAUCAGAGCCAAGGUAGCCCCCACCCACCAUGGAGCUCUUAGCCCGUAGCAGGCCCUGAAGAUGGAGUCACAUUUGUAGCUCUAGACUAAGGCCUCUGUCCUGUAGUCCACUUGUUCAGGGGAAAUAGGGGGUAGUCAGUGGGUGAGGUUCUAGGCUGUCCAUAGGCAGAAAGUUGCAUCCUUGAGCACAGAGUUGGGCCUUACGGUCUAGGGGGCAGGUCCCUGGCCACCUCUUGCAGACUAGAGGCUGCGAAACUGUGCCUGGCUGUCAUCUUGGUGGUAGGGACAUGCCCUGUGAGUGAAGAAGAGCCAGGUGGCAGCCCUCUGGCUUUCUCCAUUGGGUACAGCCAUGUGAUGGCAGUAGCCUGGGCAUAGGGCAGCCUGGCCAAUGCCAUCUGGAAGUCCUAGGGCUAGAACCUCUCCAGCUGACCCACUGUGUGUGCUCAGCAAGGCAGAGCCGGAGGGGGCUGGGCCCACUGGCACCUGCCAGGAACAUCCCCUGUGCCCUUGUAUCCUGCGGGGCAGCUCAGCUGAGGUAGGCAUGUUAAAUGCAUCUAACCUGUGCUCCUCCUCCCUGCAGGUAAUUAGGACUUCUACCUCAGCCACGACCUAUGCAAGGAUGGUGUGGACCAAGCCUGCUGCCUGCCAGGCCGGCGGAGCCGGACAUGGAGCCACUGUGAAUCGGCGGCACCGCAGGAGGUGCUGGACUGGUCCAGUUUGUACUGUCGAUAGUUUUAGAUAAAGUAUUUAUCGUUUUCUUUUUUAAAGUAUAAGCAAUUCUGACUUAUUUUAUUCCAUCAAAGUCGUCCAAGGCAACCUCUUGAGACGUCUAAGUGUCUGUGAGAGAGAAUCGUAUAAAGACUUGGCCUGCCGGGCUGGCCACCAUGAGGACUCCUGACUCCGUCCCGGUGCUAUCUCACCAGCAAGCCCAUGCCUGCCCGUCUCCACCUCUGCCCGGGUGCUGUCCUACAUGUGGACCGUGGCUAAACAGUUCUCAGAUGCGCCCCCCCACAGCUUGUGACGCCAAAGGCACGCCAGGCAUGCCCGAUGGGGGCUGACCUUUGGUCCCCCUCCUCGGAAUGCGCCUACGGUCACUGUGAACACCCCGCUGUUAACCCUGUGGCUUCAGGCGUGCCUUUGCGGUGGGUGUAGGCUGGGCCGAGGCAGGACUUGGGGUGCCCAGUUAGGCUGAGUGGUGCUGCCAGGUGAGGGCCACUACUGCAGGGCUCCGUGGCUCCUGUGACAAGUGCAUUUACUUUGUAUUUCUUUGCUUUUCUGGCUCGGGGCAUGCUGGCCAGGUGACAUGGGCUGGCCCACUGCGGGUCCCCUGGCAUCUGUGUAUAAGAGAGUCACAUGAUAAGUGACAGUAUUUUAUAGAGAUGUGAUGGAGAUUUAUAAAUUUCAUAGACUCAACUGCAUUUAUUUUUAGAUUGUAUAAUGCACAGUGAACUUUAAAGAAAACGAGAGAAAAGUGAAGAGGAAAAAUACUUUUAUUUAUUCAAAUGCACACACACAAAAAAUGGCACUGGCCAGGGACCCUGCAGGAGUGUAGCCCAGAUAUGCUGGGCUGCCCAGGGCCUCUGGUCACUGUGGGCACCGCCUGCCUGUGUCUAGGAGUUGCUUCCUGGUCCUGGGGAUAGGUGCACUGGGCGUGACUGCAGAGAGGCCAGGGCUGGCUUGGCUUGCUCAGACAGCCCUGACCGCCCUGAUGCUGCUCGCUUCCAGUUGGGGUAAGAGGGCUGUGGGGGAGAGGCCAUGUUGGGUGCCCCCCCAAGCCUGACCUGCCUCCCAAAGCAUUUGUGAAGACGGUGCUGGUGUCCUCUCCCAUAUCCCUCUCCCCCUCCCCCCACGAUGGUGCUCAUGUCCGCCAGGCCUGUUCCUGCGCACCACAGCUAGCUAAGGUGCUGCAGAGCAGGGCGGCGGGACAAAGCUGGCAAACCCCAGGCCUGGAGCAAACCCUGAGUGAACACUGUACACACCCCCUGCCGCGCUGGCAGCUGCUGCUCCGUGGCGGCCGCCUCCACCUUACUUGAGUGUUAGGGACAGACACUGCAUGUUCGUGGCCCGCAUGGCCCCGUGGGCCACAGGUGCUCCGGGCACACCUGCAAGUCCUCUCCUGAGCCCAUAAGAAACGGGAACCCACAGUAAACUGAGCGUGGUGCACGGUGGCCCCAGGCACCCUGUGGCUGAUGGUUCUCACACAGGGUGAGGCUGCCUCAGUGGUCCCUGCCUCUCCGGCCCAAGGUGGCUACAGGGCUUGAGCUCAGGAACUGAUAGGAAGCCCUCCGUACUGGGACCCACUCCCAAGCUAGCCCAAAGGGGGACUCUGCCUGGCACGCCUCCCAGUUCCCACCCUCCACCUACACAGCUUUUUUGGCAGCCUGGCCUGUUUGUAACUUGAUGCAGCUUUUGCUCUGUCUUGUAAUGACCUCUGUACUUAACGGGUGCACUGUUCUCUCCCCUGAUUGACUCCCCAAGGCAUCUCACACAUUGUUGCCACCUCUAGACACAGUAAUAAAAGCCGUUUUCACUUCC